AUGGGACAAAUUUACAGCCUGUUCACGCGGAUCGAAAUCGACGCUCCUCCGGACAUAGUGCGAUCAGUGCUGCUCGACUUUGAGCAUCACAAAGACUGGCAUGGCACAUAUGUAUUCAAAUGCUUGGAUCCAAGCAUGAAGCCCGUGGACCUCAAGCCUGGAGAUAAGCUCGACAUGGAGAUCAGAGGUUAUACAUUCAUGGGCUAUCCCUACCCCUUUCGCUUUCAGCCCACGCUCCGGGAAAAUAUCCCAGAGCUGUUGGAAUGGAAUGGAGGACCACGGAUGAUAUUCAAUGGGACUCACAGCUUCAUCUUCUCCUAUAGCCGGAAGAACCCUGGCGGUACGACAUUCAUCCAGAGCGAGCAGUUCACCGGGCUGCUUGCCUUUCUCGUCGGCCAAAACUGGGAAUUUGGGAGGCAGAGCCUGGGGCACUUCCAGGUCCUCAGCCAGGACCUGAAAACAGCCGCUGAACGACAGGCCAAUGGGUUAGGUGCCGGGGUUUCCUGA